AGACUUCUCUGGUUGCUACUUCGCUCUGAAACAAACCGUGCGGGCUUCGUCACACUGCCCACUGGCGUGCGAUUUGAUUAUGCAGCCAGCUUACCUUGACGAGCCACCUUCUUAUGCUGGGUCCGUUUAUUCUCGCUCAACAGUUGCGUCCCCAGAAUAUUCUCCGUCCCCACGCCUCACCGAACUAGUCAUUCGCUCGAGCUCAGAUGCCAGCUGCAUCUCAUCGCAGGCCUAUGUGUUUCGGUCUAAACACAUCAUUGUGAACCUCGGGCCAAAGGAAUGGGGGACAAGUAUUCCUGUCUAUGGUGGCGGCGGUAUUGUAGCAGGAACAUUCUCGCUGUCUGGCGACCUCAGAAACGUAUCGUCCGUCAUCGUAAAGUUAGAGGGCAGCGUCACUAACACGUAUACGGAACGUGGCCUUGUUGCAGGAACAAGUUCAGUGGACAUUUUGAAACAUAGCACACCUCUUUCAGCACCCAUCGCAGGGGAUUGGACAAAUGAUCAACCAAUCUCGAUUCCCUUCCCCACGUAUGCUGACGGAAGGCAGUCGAGAUUGCCUCCCAGCUCAAUCUUCUAUCAGCCCGGUGUCAGUUGCGUCGUCAAAUAUCGACUCAAGAUAACAGUCAUUCGCAAAGGUUUCAUGCGUCGAAAUGAUAGUAUCAAGAUCCCGCUUUUAUAUUUACCGAGGACCUUCGCAAAUGGCCCACUUAUAGAAAGCAUACCUACAACAAGCUACUCGGAGUACUCAGAGCACGUCAAGGUUGUGCGUCUUGAGGCCUCAAGCAAACACGGUUCUUUCGACAAUGCUCCCGCCAUUGCUCUCAUGCUUCCAUCCACCUUGUCAUUCGCAGCAUAUGAUACUAUUCCGAUGUCAUUGAGUACUGUUUCUCGACACGAUGCCGCUGUAGCAAAGCUAUUGUUGUCAUCUGCAAAGAUUCAGCUCAUUAAACGUACGCGAACUUGGAUCAAUUGUGGGCGUAACGGCAGCAGCCAGGACGGCCUUGUUGGCGUUGCUGAAGUCGUUGGUAUCGAUGAAAAUCGAGAAGGGACAACUGUUUUCUCCUAUGAGCUGCGCAUCAAUCGACCCGCUGUGCAGAAGUCAUGGUCUGUCGAAGGCGUAGCUGAACAACAGUACUACAUCCGCGUGGUUAUCCGUCCCCUUUCGAGUAUCGCCUCCCAUGUACCCAAUUAUAACUGCGAGCAGCCCAUAGAGCUUACGACGGACUCGUACGAAAGCCCAGAGCGCGAACUCUUGGCAAUGGGUGGUUCACCUAGCCCGGCACUUGGAACUCUCGAAGCAGGUCCACCAGUGACUCGUGUGGGAAGUAGUAGCGCGAGAUUAUCGCACAUCACAUAUAGGUGAAUAGAUGUACCGAGAACUACUAAUUAAUUAUUACCUAGCGUCUGGCUCGGUGAAUUGUAGACUGUUAUACCUAUCUGGAUCAAGUUAAAUCAGCACUGACUUGGUUCGCUGGGGUGCAUCGGAUCCGUUUGUAUAUAUAAGUUUUAUGUAUCUAGUUGCUUGUUGUGGACAAUAAUACUUCAAUGUGG